GCAUUGUUUUGUUUGAAAUUUGCAGCUGCGUUUUUUUGUUUAUGCAGUUGAAGUAUAUUAAGCAAUGAUCAGUCGGUCUUUUAGGUGACAACAUUGUUUUGAAGUUUCCCAUGAAAUCAUUAACUAAGCUUCGAUUCCUGAAUCCCCUUCUCCUCUCACGAUCUCACGUUUUGAAUCUUUCCAACACUGCAAAACUUUCACGCCCUCGUAGAGAAACAAAGCAACAACUUUCCAACACCAACAUUCCUUCAGAUAUUGAUGCUUCUCGUGCACUUUUCAACGAGAUCACCCAGAUUCUAGGUGCAGAAACCGUGUUCCCAGACCAAUCCCCAUCUGGGUCUUUGUUUCCUUUAGAAACUCCCCAGUCUGAAGUUGGUUCCAUGGACCAAUCAGCUUGCACCAAAGGUGUUUGUCAAAAUUCCGCACAGAAUGUUGGCUCUUUGGAAGAUGCUCAGGUGGGAAAUAUGGGUAAGGAAGAUCUAAGCCGGAUUGUGGAUGAGAUUACUGAAAUCGUUAGAGGGGAAAACAGUUCCACUUCUGUGGAGGAGAGGUUAGAGAAUCUAAGUUAUGGGUUGAACAGUGAGGUUUUUGACAUGGUGUUGAAGAGGUGCUUCACGGUACCACUACUGGCUUUGAGGGUUUUCAAUUGGCUGAAGCUCAAGGAUGGGUACUAUCACACGACGCAGACAUAUAAUAUCAUGUUGUACAUUGCUGGAGAAGCUAAGGAAUUUGGGUUGGUGAAGAGACUGAUGGAAGAAAUGGAUGAGUGUGGAAUCGAAAAGGAUAUUAAGACAUGGACCAUUCUUGUCACCCACUAUGGUAAGGCAAGGAAAAUUAGUGAAGCAUUGUUGGCCUUUGAAAAUAUGAAAAGGUGUGGCUGUGAACCGGAUGCUGUUUCAUAUAGCGCAAUUAUCUGUUCACUUUGCAGUGCUGAGAAGGGAGACAUUGCUAUGGAGUUCUAUACUGACAUGGUCAGGAAGGAUAUGGUGUGUGAUGUGAGGUUGUAUGAGACAAUCAUGAAGUGCAUGGCAAGAUCGGGAGAUGCGGCAGCUGUUAGAUUACUUGGAAAUGACAUGAUACGGUUGUCUGUGAUGCCAGAAAACCGUGUUCAUAGCUGUAUGCUGAAGAACUUUUGCAUUACUGGGAGGAUUGAAGAGGCUUUGGAAUUGAUUCGGGACCUCAAAAGUAAAGAUUUAGAUCUUGAACCUGAAAAUUAUGAGAACUUGGUUAGAGGACUGUGUAAGGCAGAUAGGAUCACAGAUGCUUUACAUAUUGUUGAAAUUAUGAAGAGAAGGGAUGUGGUUGAUGAGAAGAUCCAUGGGAUUAUCAUAAAUGGGUAUUUAGGGAGAAAUGAUGUUGACAGGGCGCUCAAAAUAUUUCAAAGUAUGAAAGAAUCUGGUUGUGUGCCUACUAUUUCCACAUAUACCGAACUGAUACAACAUCUCUUUAGGUUGGGGAGAUAUGAAGAAGCUUGCGUGAUGUAUGAUGAGAUGCUGGGAAAAGGAAUUAAGCCAGAUAUUGUGGCAAUAACAGCUAUGGUUGCAGGUCACGUUUCACAAAACCGUAUAUCUGAAGCAUGGAAAAUGUUCAGUUGUAUGGAGUGCCAAGACAUCAGGCCCACUCGGAAAUCCUAUGAAGUAUUCAUUAAGAAGCUUUGCAGGGUUUCAAGAACAGAAGACAUUGUCAAAGUAUUGCACGAAAUGCAGGCUUCAAAGAUUAAAAUUCAAGAUACUGUAUUCCGUUGGGUUAUAACAUACAUGGAGGAAAAGGGGGAGCUUACUAUGAUGGAGAAAAUCCAGCAGAUGCGUAAAGCAUACACACUUGAUUCUGAAAAGUUCAAGGGGUCAAACAAACAAGUAUCUUCGGAAAUUAAGGUGGAAAAGGAUGUUAAAGUUGACCUAUCAAAGUCAAAAAUAGACUAUUCCUCUACACACCGAAACCUUAAAACUUGCACGGAGCCAGAUUUUCAUGAAAUUUGUAGGAUACUUUCAUCCUCUACAGAUUGGUCCUUAAUCCAAGAAAAAUUGGAGAGAAGUACAUUUCGCUUCACCCCAGAACUUGUUAUAGAGAUAUUGCAAAGUUGCAAUAUGCAUGGUGGCUCUGUCCUAAAAUUCUUUUCAUGGGUGGGAAAGCAAUCUGGGUAUCAACACACAUUAGAAUCUUACAAUAUGGCAAUGAAAAUUGCAGGCUGUGGCAAAGAUUUCAAGCACAUGCGCAGCUUGUUCUUCGAAAUGCGAAGAAAUAGUUAUCCAAUCACACCAGAAACAUGGACAAUCAUGAUAAUGCUUUAUGGUCGAACAGGUCUGACUGAGAUGGCCAUGAAUUGUUUCAAAGAGAUGAAAGCUGAUGGUUAUAGCCCCAAUAGGAGUACAUACAAGUAUCUGAUAAUUGCCUUUUGUGGGAGGAAAGGAAGGAAGGUUGAUGAUGCUCUGGAAACAUACAGUGAGAUGAUUGGUGCAGGAUAUACCCCUGACAAAGAACUGAUUGAAGCUUACCUCGGUUGUUUAUGUGAAGUUGGUAGAGUGUUGGAGGCCAGAAGAUGUGCAGAUUCUCUUCAGAAUUUUGGCUACACAGCCCUUCUCGGUUAUUCCGUGUUUAUCAGAUCUCUUUGUAGAGCUGGGAGAGUGGAAGAAGCAUUGGCAUUAAUUAAAGAGGUUGGGGAAGAAAAGUCUAGUUUAGAGCAGCUAACUUGUGGAAGCAUAGUUCAUGGUCUAUUACGUAAGGGUCGACUAGAAGAGGCAUUGGCCAAGGUGGAUGCCAUGAAACGGAAGGGAAUAGCACCUACCAUCCAUGUUUAUACAUCACUGAUGGUUCAUUUCUUUAAAGAGAAACAAGUAGAGAAAGCUAUUGAGACUUUUGAGGAGAUGCAACAGUCAGGUCAUGAACCAAACAUUGUCACAUAUUCUGCACUUAUACGUGGGUACAUGAACGUGGGUAGGCCCAUUGAUGCAUGGAAUAUCUUCUACCUUAUGAAACUAAAGGGACCAUUUCCUGAUUUCAAAACGUAUUCUAUGUUCCUCACAUGCCUUUGCAAGGUUGGGAGGUCUGAAGAAGCAAUGCAACUUAUUUCUGAAAUGUUAGACAGUGGAAUUGUUCCAAGUACUAUAAAUUUUCGAACGGUUUCUCAUGGGCUAAACAGAGAAGGUAAAAAUUAUUUAGCCCGCAUUGUAUUGCAACAAAAGUCAGAACUAAGAAGAAAACGCAGGCUCGUCGUAACUUGAUUUCUUUUUAUAACCUUUGGAAAUCGAUGGACUUAUGCAAUAGUAGUUUCUCAUUUUA